AUGAAUCAGCUAGGUCAUCUGAAACAGUUUCGAUCAUCUGUGCCAAGGAAGAGAAGCAUGGGUCGCAGGAAAAUUGAGAUGAAAACGAUUGAUAAGGAACCAGCAAGACUUGUUACCUUCGCGAAGCGUCGAGUUGGUCUUUUUAACAAGGCCAACGAACUUUCCACCUUAUGUGGUGCUGAGGUUGUCAUACUCCUCUUCUCUGAGUCUGGCAAGGUAUACUCCUUUGGACAUCCAAACGUCAACUCCAUUUUAGACAAGUUCCUUGUCCAAAACUUUUUACCUGAAGAAAAUGUACCAAAGAUUAUGGAAGAAAGUGUUCAAGGAACCAAGAACAGCCAGGUGGUCAAGCAUGAGAUCAUGACUGAGCUUCUCAGCAAGGUGGGAGUUGAGAAGAAGCGUGGGAAAGCACUUGAUCAGCAGCGAGAAGAAGAAACCCUGCUGGGUGGAGAAUGGUGGCAAGGACCGAUUGAGGACCUUGAUUUGCCUAAGCUUAACCAUCUAAUGCUUUCGAUUCAUGGUUUUAUAGAGCUUGCAAUGGCGAAAGCUAAUAUGUUAACCCUUGGCACCAAGAACGGCUGCAAAUAA